AUGUCCACCGAGACCCCUCCGCCCCAUGCCUACGUCGACGCCGAUGCCCGCAUCGCCCUCAUCGGCGCCGGCACCAUCGGCCUCUCCUUCGCCGCGCUGCACCUGCCCUUCCUCGCGUCGCCCUCGCAGCUCACCGUCUACGACACGCGGCAUGACCUGGCCCAAUACGUCGCGUCCACGCUUCCAAAAUACCUGCCCGCCGCCUCUCCCCAGACAACAGGCCGAGGCGAUUAUGAUCUGUCCUCCAUCCGCCUGACGACCUCACUGCCCGACGCCGUGCGCGACGCCGACAUCGUGCAGGAGCAAGGCCCGGAAAACCUGCCGUUCAAGGCCGCCAUCUGGGCCGAAGUCGCCAAGCAUGCGAAGAAUCCCAACGUCCUCUUCUGGAGCAGCACCUCGGGCAUCACCGCCACCGCCCAGGCCGAAUCCGGCGGCCUCGGUGACGACCAAGCUGCGCGCCUGGUCGUCGUCCACCCCUUCAACCCUCCGCACGUCAUGCCCCUGCUAGAAGUCGUUCCCGGCGCACGGACGAGCGAUGAGACGGUGCGACGGACCGUCGCCUUUUGGCACGCCCGGGGGCGCGAGCCCGUGGUGCAGCACAAAGAAGUCCCCGGCUUCGUCGCCAACCGCCUGGCCUAUGCGUUGCUGCGCGAGGCGGUACAUCUUGUCCGCGAGGGCGUUGUCAGUGCCAAGGAGCUGGACCGCAUCGUACAGGCCAGCAUGGGCCCGCGAUGGGCUGUCGCCGGCCCGUUCCACAGUUACCAUGCUGGCGGCGGUCCCGGAGGCCUGGAAGCUUUCUUCAAGAAUAUCGGAGGCACCAUCCAGCGCUGCUGGGAUGAUUCGGGGAAGGAAAAUGUGGGCGAGGGGUGGGAGGAUGAUAUAUUCAGGCAGGCAGAGGAGGCGUAUGGAGUCGUGGAUACAUCACGGAGAGAUCGGUUGACGAGAGGCGUCCUUGAAGCUGCUAGGAAAUAG